UGAACAGAUUUGAAAUGCUCUCGAAUAAAAAGCAAUUCAUCGGAAUCUCCUCAGAGCCGUCACUAAGACCUCCGAGCUAAACACGGGGACCGCGAAGGCAACACCUGUCACUUGUGGCGCGAGUCUCUUUCCAAGGUGCUGGACUGGAAAUAUUUGUGUUUUAACUUUUGAUAACAAAUGCGUCAGUAACUAAUAUACACUGUUAAAAGUUAAAAAAAAAACGGAUUCGUUAUCGAUUGUUUUUAUUUUAUCUCAGCAUAAAACAGCUAAAACAGCUGUAAUGUUUAGGACGUCGUCGCGUCCAACUAGCAAGAGAAGCUACAUGAAAGUGUAGCUUGUUGGCUAACUAACCAAGCUAAUUAGCCCAGACGUGUUGCUAAACUGACCAGACUCUACAACAAAACACAUCCGCUGUCUUAACAAAUCUUUACACGGGAGUUAACGGAACCAAGCGAGUGACCGAUACUCACCAGGGCGUCGUGCAAAAUGUCUUUGUACACUUUUAACAUGGUGCAUCUCUCCACGUAGCUAACAUUUAAAAAAAAAAAGAGCCUGCCACCCGGAUGAGCUGCUUUUCUCCCAAGCAGCCACAAUGAGGAGACAGGAGAACCAGCCACCCGGGCCAACAGCUGGCUGCCUCCCUGUGCCGCUCUUCCACCAGAAGAAGAGGAGCAGGAUCCCUCUGACGUCUGCCCCUUCGGUGAAUGAAUUCUUCUCCCACAGUGAAUACGUGGCCAGCAGCAGCUCAGCCACACCUCACGGCCGCACGGCAGCAGGUACCAUUGGAAGUUACCAGGCCUCAGGUUCGUCUUCGGGGGCUUCACAAAGUGGCCCGUGGAACAGACAGUGUGUCCCCCAAUCCACACAGCUCCAGCAGCUUGACAGCAACAGACCUGCUCCCGGACCUGCCCCGAAAAUGAGAGCCUAUGCACCAAUGCCACAUCCAUACAAAGCUGGAAGCACAAGCUCUCAGACAGGGCAGCCCAGUUACCCAGCCAGACGGCAGGAUUCCAGCUGCAGUGUUACUUCCAACAAAUAUCCAGCUCCUUCCAGCAGCGAGGGUGUGCAAAACAGGCCGACACCCCACACUGGGUUCUCUCACAUGGGUCAGCAGUUGUCUCACAGACAACCCAAUCCCACGCCUCAGCAUCCCCAGCAGCGCAGACCUCUGCCUCCUCCUGUCCCACCCCUCAGCGAGUCCCCCGCUCGCGUGGUGCAGCCACAAAAUAACACCUGGAAAUUCACCAACAGCUUUGGACCGCAGAGUUCCACCUUCGAUGGCAAAAGGAGCCCAAAACAAACUCAGACUGCACGACCAAAUCAAACUAAGGAAGCACUUCCAAUGAAGCCAGUCUUUGAGAACUCACUAAGGAUCCUGACUGCAGUUAUUCACGGCAUGAGACACUGGAGCCAGUUUAAAGACAAAGUCCCAUACCUGUUUGAGAUAUUUGCCACUCUGGACUCUGCGGUUACACUGGGUCGCCACGGAGCCAAGACUUUCCUCAUGAGAGAUGGAAAGGAGGUCUUGCAGUGCGUCUUUUACGAAAAUGAGCAAGAACUGCCCCGUCUCAUCCGUGGCCAAGUCCACCGCUGUGUGGGUAACUACGAUCGCGGCAGAGACGUCCUCGUGUGUGUGUCCGUCCGGCCCGGCCUGCCCUCGGAGCUGAGGAACGUCCACGAGACCAUCAAAGCAUGCGAUGCAGAAAUGAGGGGACUGGUCAAAUCACUCAAUGAAAUCUGAGCACGAGUUGGGCUUUUUCAGCCACAUAAGACUGACGGCAAGACAGUUUACUGCCAUAUAGAUACAGUAACUCAUGUUAUAGUGUCCCAGUGGUGUUUAAGUUGUGGUUUAAGUUCUUGACCUGUAAGGGGCGAUGUUUGUCCUCCUGCAAACAAAGUGCAAUUGUAUGUGAACGGUUGAUGUUGAAGUAUUUCACUGUUAUAGUUGUUUCAUCUAUCCGAAUUUGUUCACGGAAAGUAAAGCCUCUCUUCUUGUAA